CUUUGACCGGUUAUAUCGUAUGUGAAUGAACUUGUUUUUCCCUUUGACUUUAUUUUUAUCAAUUAAGGUUCUUCUGUUACCCGUCAUAAUAUGUGGUGCCCAAAGAGAGAAUAUACCUAAAUCAGUAAUGACCCGAACAGAACUGAAAGUUUCUAGAAGUUUAGAUCCUAAAAGCACCAAAACAUUAAAUGUUGUCACCAAGGAUGGAGGUAUAGCUCAACUAAUUGUUAAACGAAGAGAUUCCCAAGCGAAUCCAUCGUCUUCAUUUACACAUUAUGCACCGAUUCCUAGUAACAACAACUUUGAAAUAAAUUUCUACAAGGAUUAUGGUAACGAGAAACAAAAUUACGAGACAAAACUGUUUCCUAAUGUAGAAGACGGUAGGGAUCUUGAAGUUAUGGAGAGUAAACCUGCAGCUGCUAAUUGGAUACCAAUUUCAUCCCAGUACUAUCAACCAUCGGUACUAGAUAUGAACACAAUAGCUCUUAUCAAAAAUUUAACCAGCAGGAACUUAAUUUCGAUGAGAGCAUUGAACCAGUUGUUUGACAGUAAUAGAUUACCAAAUGCGCCUAGACCUGUUAACAUCGUUUCAGAAGAAAUACUUGUUAAACCAGGAUUAGAACGAAAACGCGGAAAAUCAUUUGAACAAGACGGAAUCCCCGUCAUCGAAGGUCAAAGAGUACCUGAUGAUCCUUCAGAUAAGAAAACAUGGAGAAACGCUAGAGUUAUAAAUAAUAAAUUAAUACCAUAUGAAGAAGGUUAUAAACCACCAAGAGCGGUACCUCUUGAAGAAUUAAUCUACCCCAUAUCGAACGAGCAGAAAAAUUCAGAUCAUGAAUCCAUAGGUCCUUUUUCUAAAGAAGAUAAUUUUAAAACAACCACUAACAAGAAAACCUCAUACGGACCAUUCACCGUUCACGAUAAUGAUAAUUUGGACCAAUUAGAAUCGGAUAGUAAAUCGUAUCUCAAAUUCAAUUCGAACGAACAAAGUUCCUAUCCUAAAUUCGAUAAUUACAGACCCGCCGACAAUAAUUUAAUGAAGUUUAUCACAGAAAUAAAUUCGAAAGAAGCCACAAAGAGUUAUCAUAAUAAACGACAAUAUAGAUCAAACAGGGAUAGCGAUGGAAGUAACAAAUUUGAAAGAAGAAUGUUACAGUAUCCUGUGGAAAUUUCAUAUCCAAAUUCGGCAUUGUACACUUCGCAAACAACAAAAUUGAGUCCAGUAAAUUUUAAUGAUGGCGUUAGAACUCCAGUUCUUCAAUACGCUCAUCCCGAAUUAGGCGUACAACCGGCGAAAGCCACAACUGACGACGAAUUUAAGAAAUUCGAGCACGAACGCAAUACACAAUCAUAUGAUACAGGGCGAUAUAAUCAAUAUUACACCAAUCUCAACAGUAUGGAUUAUAAUAGAAAGGAUGUACUGAAUUAUCCAUACAAUACUUACUACAUCGAGACGAAAAACGAAGAACCAUUUUGGAUAAAAAUCACCGAAAGAAUUAGAGAUAAGGUUCAAAGUAGCUUUCAACAUAUGCAUCAACUUACAAAGCCAGUGUUCGAUCCUCUCGUUGAAGCUACCCAAAAAAUUUCGCAAAAUCUAGGUUUCGGUAAUCGAAAACAACAUGCUCAAGAUAGAACUGGUGUCUUUGCACCUGUAGGCACUUCAGUCAUUUUGCCAGCUUUAGGACUUGUUGCUGGAGGAGCAGCUUUAGGUCUGGGAGCUGCAGCGGUAGGACAUUAUUUUACACCGAUUGAACUACAAAGAGCCCAUUCAAACGAUCUAGUAGUGUUUUUAAAAGACGAUCUAAACCGAUACGGAAAUCACGAGAGGGUCAAAAGGAGUUCGCAAGAUGAUUUCAAUAUACAAAAACUAAGAGAAAACGAGCCGCAAAAACCCGAACGUUAUCACGAACUGUCAUCGAUGAGCAUCUGGUCCGAUACUCCUUGUUCGAAGAGAGUGUUUUGUGAGGUUAUGUUGCAGCAAGGUCCCGAUGAAAAUUUGCUGAUGGAGAAGAAGAUGGAGCAGUUGUUGUUAACGGUACAUCCUGACAUUGCAUCACAAGCUUCUCAUCACCUCCAGGACGUGAUGAAUGCCGUAAAACUUCGAGACUGUACCAAAUAUAUUUGUAGGACACCGUUUAUAAUUUCGCCUAAAGCGGCUUAAAAGCUUUUUACAAAUUAAAUAUAAUUUAUUUUAAAUAUUAACAAAGUCUUAACAUCAGUGUUGAGAAAUCAUAUAAAAAUAUAAUAUGAAGUAGUUUCUUUGAAACAAAAAAUUGUUAUUAAUAAUAUUAAAUAAGUUCAGCUAGCAGACAAAUGACAUUAAUUUAUUUGUCAAUUUAUGUACAGGAAAGUGUGAAAGUAUUAAUUUUUCUUAACAGUUUCAUGAGAAAUGUCAAACGUCACUGUCAACACAGUAUUUUUAAAGCUAGUGAUUAUUAAAAUUAUCCUCGAAAUAAGUCUGAGAGAAACAGUCAAUGAGUUUUCACGUUGAUGUAUGACUUUUCCCAUGGAAAUCUUAAGUAGGCAUUCCAAACAAAAUGGUUGUAGGUCUGGUCCAAACAAAAUGGUAGUCCAUAGGUAAUGACAGGAACAUGCUAGGUUAUGAUGACAACACUGUAGGCCUGGUGAUUUGACAAAGUCAAUGAUAUAGAUAGUUAAUAUAAACUAAUUAUCCAUGUAUAAUUGACCCUGUCAAUGACAAGAGACCCACAAGGUUGCCAUGUCUAAACUGUCAAUCCCACUAGCAGCAUUUUGACAGGUCGUUGAAAUGCCCAAUAUAAAUGACUACUACCAUACUUUGUAAAUAGGUUUAAUUAUUACGACAUGUUACUUAGCUGACUCUUUUAAGAAUCUGGUACGUGAAAGAUGAUAGAGUGACUCAAAUGUUCGAUUAACG